AUGGAAGCAGUAACCUCCGAUCCACCACUCCACCACCGCCACAAACGCCCCAAGGAAACACAAGACCACACCACCACAACCACGAUUUUAGACCUCCCAUCUGACAUAACAUGCGACAUUGUAUCUCGGCUCCCUCUCAACUCCAUCUUCACCUGCAAACGCGUCUGCUCCUCGUUCCGGAACCUAACCCUAGAACCAUUUUUCCCUCGCCUGCACCUCCCAAGGUCUCCUCUCUGCCUCAUCCUCCACUGCCGCUCCAACCGCCUCCACCCAAUCACCCUCGGGUUUCUCCCACUGGACGAUUCCCUAGUCGAUCUGUGCCGCCGGGGAGCCACCAUGAAGUUCCGGACUGAAAUAGGAAACCCUGCCGAUGUGCAGAUCCUGAAAUGUGGGAAUGUUUUUUGACGGAAGAACAAAUAUGAAGAUCUUGUUCAAUGUUGCUUCAGGAAGCAAAAGUCGCUUUUUUGGGACCUGUCCGAAAAUGUUGAAGUAAAGCUUGAUUCACUGCAUUGGCUAUUUAAAGUUAUUUAGCUUGUUUACCAUUCUAGAUUGAAGUUAAGUAGUUUCGGGGCUGUUCAAUUGCAAAUAGAUUUCAACUGUUGCUAGUUAAGCUAUGGUGAAUUUGCUCUUUGGUUCUAGUUC